AGGUGCUGUGGAUGAAGAUCUUGCUGCUUUUGAUGCUGACACCAUUAUCAAAUCUACAUGCUUGGCUUUGUUCGGCAGGAGGAUCUGACACUGUAGUUGGAACACUAACAUGGACUCUGUCUUUGUUACUCAACAACCCUCAUGUAAUGGAAAAGGCCCAAGAAGAAUUAGACAUUCAAGUUGGAAGAAAUACACUAGUUCUUGACGAGUCACAUAUAAGGAACUUAGCCAGGCCGGGACGUCCGGCAGAAUGCUUGGCCUCCUGCGCUGGAAGCGAGACCCGAAGGGUGAGCUUAUGGCGAUUUAUCUUCAAACCAUUAGUAAAGAAUCAUUACGUUUGUAUCCACCUACCUACAGCACUCUCAGUCCCUCAUGUAGCCAUGGAAGAUUGCACUAUUGGUGGCUAUAAUAUCCUAAAAGGUACUCGAGUACUACUCAACUUGCGGAAGAUUCAACGGGAUCCGACCAUUUGAUCAGAACCCGAUUUAUUCAAGCCAGAGAGGUUUUUGAUGACUUAUAAAAAUAUAGAUGUUAGGGGAAAUCAUUUUGAAUUAAUUUCAUUUGGUGCUGGAAGAAGAAUUUGCCCUGGGAUUUCCUCAACACUUGUGUUGUUGCACUUGACUUUGGCUAACCUGCUACAUGCAUUUGAAAUUACAAGGCCAUCUAAUGAACCAAUUGACAUCACUGCGCAUUUUGGGGUAAAAGCUACACUA